AUGCCACUUGUAAUAAAGGAAAUGUCUGUUCAUGACAGAGAUAUGUUUUUGAAAGCAGCCAGUACCGGUACCGCCGUACGGUAUUACGUAAGAGUUAUGAUUGUCGGUGAAAGUGGGGUCGGAAAAACUUGUUUAUUAAGACGAUUGAUGAAAAAAGAUAUAAACGGUGUAAACAGUACGAAUGGAAUUAAUAUUGAAGUAAGAAAAUGCAAAAUAGAUUUAAAGAAAAAGGAAUGGAUUUCCGAUUCAGACGACGAAUUUUCAUCUAUCAGUCCUUAUCAAAGUCAGCAGUAUGCAGACUGUGGAUUUUGGGAUUUUGCAGGACAGAAAGAUUUUUAUGCAACCCAUCAGACUUUUCUAUCUACAAAUGCUAUUUAUUUGCUGGUAGCAGACAUUUCAAAAGACUUGACAAAUAAAACAUUCAAAGAUAUGGUAGAGAACGAGUUUGAUACAUCUGGAGAGUAUAUUGAUUUUUGGUUGGAUAACAUUCACAGUUAUGCUGUAAAUGAUGAAAAUAUAGCCUCAGAAACCGAUACGUGGAAUCCACCUGUUAUAAUAAUUGGUACUAAAGUUGACAAAUUACAGAAUGAAGAGCAGAAAUUAGAAAAAAAGAAAGGUAUCAUUGAGUUAUUACAACACAAUACAAAUUUUAACCAUAUCCGAGGAUCCCCAUAUUUCUUAUCAAAUAAAGAAGCCUGGAAUUACGAUUCAAAAUUGAAAGAACUACGAGAAAAAAUUUUGGAAGUGGCAAUGAAUAUACCGAAAUGGGAAGAUAAUCUACCAACUCGAUGGAUAGUUCUAGAGAGAGAAAUCGGAAACCAAAUUGCUAAGGAAAUAUAUAUCAUUUCGUAUGAGGAAGCUCAGAAAUUGGCCGAGAAUUGUUCGUUUCCAUUCAGCAAAACUGACUCAAAAAUGUCUGCAAACAGCAAAACUGAUUCUGAAUUAGACUCCUUUCUUAAGUAUGAGCAUGAAAUCGGUAAUUUGAUAUUUUUUGAAUCAAUUAAACGUUACAUUAUAUUAGAGCCUAAGUGGCUAGUGACUGUUUUUAAGUGUUUCGUAUCAGCGACUGAAUUUCAGUCAGAUUAUGUUGAUAUGAAGGAAUGGUCACAAUUAGAGUCAACGGGUAUUUUAUCCGAUAGUUUGAUCACAAAAUUGUUCGAAAAAGAAGUAAAGCUACAUUCACCUGAACAAAGAAAAUUUGCUCUACAAGUAAUGGAGACAUUUAAUAUUAUAGUAAAACAUACUAAUAAAGAUGAGACAGCAAUUUCUGAUGAUAACGAUGAUAAAGAAGAAAAUUUGGCUGCAGAUGACACAAUUGAACUAGGAGAUGAUGGACCAGAACCAGACGAGGAGCCUGAGAAAAAAAACACAAGUAGGCAACAGCUUCUGAUAAAUUGGCAAGUCUGUUUGACGAUUAUUGGAGAAGAAAACAAACAGCAGAGGAAGCAAAAAACAAAAGCACGGGAAGAAAUAGAACAGAAAAAAGAAGAAAUGAAAGAUAAAAUAUAUAAAGAAAAGGUCGACCUGCUAAGAGCAAUGGUAGAAGCUUUACAAAACAAAAAUUGA